AUGGAAAUUUACGUUGUGGUGGUCAUGCUUCUUUUGAGUGUACAUCAAAAUGGAAUCACUCAAUCGAUAACAGAACCGACAACCACCACUCAAUUAAGUAUCGCUGCUGUUUCCGAAGGGAUUGAUUCCGAAUCGAACUUCACCACGGAUGACUAUCUCUCAUUCGAGACCAAUUCGACAGAGGUGCCAAAUUCAACCAGUGUUGGGCCGACAGAAGGUGCCAAAGCCCAAAGUACACAGCUGAAUACAAAAUCUUCGAAAAGCAAUUUAUGUACUUGCAACCUACAGUACCAGAAUGGUUUGUUUUGUAUAAUCAAAAGCAAUCUACCUCCGUCUUAUACCCUACAACGAAAACAACCGUUGAAAACAUUCGAUGAUGCCCAAUCAGAGAAAAUCAAUAAAUUUUCUUGGCAAAAUUAUGCAACUUCAAUCGACCAGCGACACGUGUUCGAUAGAAACGAAAAAUUCCGCUACGGAAAUCCUAUAUGGUUAGUCCGAAAAAAUGGUAUGGUGAAAUUUCAAGUGCCUAAUAAAUUCAUCACCAAUAGAUGUAUUCUAGAGGAAGAUGUCCUUGCCAUGAAAAAUGUGGAAAACGUUUGUACACAGACCGACAUCAGCGAAGAAAAUCCGUAUUUGAGCUUGAAGACAUUUUUUGAACACAUUUAUGUAAUUUCUGCUCCGAAUUUGGUUAACAUGUCAAAGUACAAACACGGUAUAUUCGAGGACUGUCCAAGAAAUGUAUGUUUGCCGAUUGUUCCAAAAAUUUGUGAUCCACUGUCGAAUGUUUGUGUUGAUGUUGCAAAAAAUGAUUCAAGGGCGGCCGUUAAGUGCAGCUUCAGGUUGAGAGAAUACAAAAACGAUUGCGUGAAUAUUGUCAAAACAAUAGAGUACAAUUUCUAUCAUGGAAAUGCUGGAUUCAGUAAUGUUGUAGUUUUGGCUACUUUGGAAAACAUCACCAGUUCCUUCGGAAGAAAAGAAACGGAGUUCACUCAGAAGUUCUCUGUGAACUUUUGGUGGAAUAACCAGACAAGUAAUUUCUCUGAAAAUUUGAGUGGAAAUCCCGGAUAUUUGAUAGGGAAACCUAUUCUAACUGCAAAAUUGGUGAAUGUUGGAAACAAAACAGAUGUAUCGUUGAAGAUAAAAAGAAAUCCGCUGAAGUUCACCGAAAAUUUUCUAACUAUUCCCGAAAAUGAAUUGGGUGAUUGUGUAUCGAGCGAGAAAGCACAUUUGACCGUAGAGUUUGGGUAUGAUUUAUUAACCAAAUGCAGAUUGUGGCAAAACAUUCCGACCGGAAACAGAACAGUCAACGGUACGGCAAUAUGUAGGAAAAUACAAAAAUCAAUACUUGACUUGUGGAGUGUAUAUGAAAACAGAAUUAUAGGAUCGUUUGGAAACUCAAAUGCAAACGUUCUAAGUGACUGGUUGAAAAUAUUGUUGGAAGUCAGACCCGACUCAGUUAUGAACAAAACUUUCGGAUCGUUCAACCGCAAGAACGGACAUGUAUUUUGUUCUGGACUAGUUUCCCAUUUGAUAAUCGACAUUUAUCAUUCCAAAAUCGACAUCGAUGAAUUGAUGAACCAAGAAAAAAUUUUGGGAGUGUCUUAUUCUUUUGAUACUGUGAACAAGUCCUUUACUUUUCAUAAUCAUACACGUUCCGUAUUUUUCGAAAUGGAUUUAAAAACAAGUGUCGUAUUUUAUGAUAUAUCUGGUCAGAAACAGAAAAAAAUGGUGGAUUCGCCAACAGUAAACAUUAAGUUACCCCACGAUUUUUUUUAUCCAUUUAUAAAAGUCGAUAAUGGUGUUUUUAGGAUGAAAUCCACAUAUAUGAUGUGGUUUAACAUUGUUUUUUUAUUUGGAUGUCAAGUUUUAAUAAAUGAUAUGUGAUCAGGCA